AUGCCAAGAGACGCAGAAAAAGUCCAGAUGCCCAGCGGGGAUGAACUAGAGAGACUCCGAAACGAAGCUGGAAUCGUCCAAGACCCCAUCGGCGACGAAAACUUCUGGAGACAGAGAAAGUCGGCAAUCAGAUUCGACCCGGUGACGCAGAGACCGAACGAAAAGAAGGGCCGAAUGCUCAACCGGAUGAGACGCAGAAUCGCAGACAGAUUCACGGAUCUGCUGGAACAGAUUCUCGAAGGAUUCUCCGAUCCAAACAGGCAGAUGAGUCUCGACGGCUGGCAACUUGCGAUCAACGGCGCUUCGAACGUUCUCUCGGAUCUUAUCCGAGAAGAAAACGGAAAGUUCAACGAAGACGACCAGAAUCAGUCAGACGAGAGUCUUUUCUACGGAUGCCUCAACACUGCCAAGACCACCAUGGACAUCCCACCGCUCCUCAACGUCGUCUACGUCGACAAAGACCGCCAGAUUCCAGAAGGAAGACUCCCCGCCUACCAAGAGAGAGUUUCAGCUAUCAAGUCCAGAGCGGAUUUCCUGUUCAGGAAAGAUAGACUCCCAAAAAGAGGCGAAGACUCCCUCGAGUCCUGGAAGGAGAAGCGAAGAGAUGAGUACAUCAAAGACGGAGUUCCAGAGGACAUCGCCAGAGUCCUGACCCGUCGAGACUCAGGAGUCAUCGGUUGGACGUCGAGACGAGAUGGAACCUGCCAGACCGACAGUGUGGACGCUCAGCAGGCCAAGACUCAGCAGACUCAGACCAACUCAGGGACUGGUUUCGAAAACCCGAAACAGAAAUAUAAGACUCAAAUCAGUCAAAACUUGACUUCAUAA